AUGCACCGCGCGGUGGGCACCCUGUUCGGGAGCGUCACCAAGGCUGUGUUCGAGGCGCGGGCGAGCGCGCGCGAGAGAGAUCGCGACGACGACGACGAGGCGAAUGAGACGUCGAUUCGAAAAAAGACGAAACGAGGCUCCGUGGGUCACGCGGGCGUCGACCCGGAAGGUCGAGCGGUCGACGCGAGCGAUGGAGACGUCGUCCGCGCGCGGGGGGGGGCGGGCGGGACGGUGCGAAGGGACUCGCGCGGGAAAUCGGGGAAGAUGAGCGCGUACGAGACGCCGAGCGGAGACGCGCGAGGCGGACGCGGAAGAGACGCGACGGACGUCAAAUCCACCGCGGUGGCGUCGCGACGUGGGCUACAAUUCACCUCGGAAUCGCGCGAAGUGGCCGGCGCGUCGAAUCAGCGGAUCGAGGACGACGUGGAGAACGUGAUGGCGACGACGGAGGCCGCGGUCGCGGCGGGUGACGGAACGAGGAAAAAAGGUGUUAGCGGAUUGCCCGUGAAGAGCAUUGAUUUCGAGGGCGCGGCGGUGACGCCGCUGCGGGAGCGGGUGAACACGGAGACGACGCCGUCGACGAGCGGGAGAUGGACGCGAGGGACGCCGGGAGCGAGCGACGGGUUGCGAAACGCCCUCUCGCCGCCAAUCGGUGACGCUUUGGGGAGUCCCGAUAUUCGUGGACGCGUCGAUACCGUUGUUGCCGGUCUAAGCUCGGACGAAUCAAGCGAGUCCGAGGCGGAGACCGAGGAGUUGGAGGACCAGGACGAGGACGACGAUAUGGGCGGUACUCAGGACUAUAUGGGCGCGACGCAAGUGCUUGACAGCGCCGCGCUGUGCGACGCGCCGUCCAGGUUCGAUUUAGCAGUACAACCGAUCAAAGAGGAAGAAGAGGCACCAUGCGCGCGGGGUGGCGACGCCGCGAUACGAUUGCUUCGUCGACGUCUGUUCGGUGUCAAUCGUGAGCGUCCACUCGGAGCCGACGGUUUAGAUUUUGCGCCACACCUCAAGGCACACAGAGACCACUUGUUGAACAUUCUCGAAGACACUGUGUCAGGUGGUCAAAAUAACUCAGUGCUGAUGGUUGGUAAUCGCGGGAGUGGGAAAUCACUGGUGCUAAACUCGGCGCUUAAGCUCUUGGCUGGACGGCAUCCAGGCAAAGUCGUCGCAGUGCAUCUCAGUGGUUUGCUUCACGCGGACGAACGCAUAGGGAUGCAGAAAAUCGCCUCGCAGCUGUGCCCGAACUUGAACGGAGAGUCAAAUGGGUACGCUAGCGGAGGUUUCGCUGAAAAUGUCGCGUUCAUGACGGAAAUGCUCAAAUUACUUCAGGGUGGUCAGCGGGGAGUGAUUUUCGUGUUGGACGACUUUGAACUCUUCGCGAUGCGUUCGAAGCAGACGCUCCUGUACGCCAUCACAGAUUUGCUCCAACAGCCGAUGGUGCAAGCGGCCGUGGUCGGCGUCACGUGUCGCCACAGCGUGGAUAGAUUGCUCGAGAAACGUGUCGCGUCUCGAUUCUCCAAUCGACGCAUCGUCCUCGCUCCGCCUGGCAACUCGGUGUCGAUGCUUGAAGGUGUGACCAAGGCACUCAAGCUCUCAGACAAGGAUAAGUAUCUGUGUCCAAGCGAGCCAGAGUACGUGCAGCAGUGGAAUUUACAUCUGCACGCGUCCAUGCAAAACACCGUGGUGAAGGAAAAGUUGGAGCAAUACGGACGUCUGGAGAAUACUCCGGCGGCAGUGAGCAAGGUUGCGUGCGCGAUCCUUUCCCGCGUGAAUCGCCAGCUCGGCAAGAUCACGAGCAAUGACGUCGUCGAGGCCGUGGAUAGCAUGUACCGCAACCCGUUCGUGGACUCGAUGGUGGGAUCCACACCCUUGGAGCUCUUGUUGUGCGUCGCCAUGUAUCGAAUGCACAACGCGCGCAGGCGCCCGUCAUUCACGUUCGAGGCGCUCACGCAGGAGCUCAACGACAUGGGUACCAGAGAACAACUCACGCACGCCAAGGACUGCACUCGUCCCGUGCUCGUUCGCGCGUUCGAGAACCUUCUCGCCCUCGGCAUCGCCACCGCGCACAAGUCUGGAUCCGGAGCCCGCGGUGCCGCGCUCAAGGAGUACAAGAACAUCGUCUUCGUCGUCGAUCCCGAGGAGCUUCGCGAGGCCAUUCGUCGCCACCCUAACGCCGUCUCCGGUCUCGCCGAUUACAUGGAUCACGAGUCCCUGCGCCAGGCGCACGUCGUCUAG